CCAAAACAUCGUCAUGGACGACAUACAACAAGAAGAAAGCGACUAGAAAUCUACAUCAAUCAACAGUAAUCCACUGUGACUGUUUGACUGUUGCCCCCUGUUUGACAAGUACAAGAGACCUUCCUCUGGCCUUAGAAACUCUGACACUUUGGUACUCUGGUAUUUUAUCCCAAGCUAUUGUCUGAUUUUUUUUUUUUUUUUUUGGCAGAAACACACUUUGUUCUCCAUAGAACUUGAUUCUUUAGCUUGGUCUGGGCAUGAACUGAAGUACUUUAUCCCUCGCACAGUUGCCUUUGCACACCGUUAUUCAAAUUCCACGGUUCACGUCUUUUCGUCGUUUUAUCACCCACCUCAAUUUUAUUCAAUUACUUUAAACUUUUAUUCAUUUUUGGUACUUUAAUCGCAUACGAAAAUGGUGCGACUACUCCCUAAGGAUCGCAAACUAAGAAGAUGGGUGAUCUUUAUUUUAAUUAUCACUUUCAUCAUGGUUGCGUCGUUAUUGAUUUAUUCCGUGGUGGCCAGCACGAAACACAAACCAGAUAAUCCAACCCCUCCUCCGCAUAUCUACGAAGAUCCUGUCGCCUUUCACGUCUACAGUCGAGGAAACUAUACUGAAGUGAACAGCACCAUCCGUUACGAAAACUCAUACGUUAACACAGGAUCGAUGAACUUGACAACGGGAGUCUUUCGUGCGCCCACUGAUGGUACAUACGUCUUCGAUUUCAUCGCGCCUCGUUAUAGCAACACCACAAACGAAGUGUUGUGUCUUAACGUCCGACUGGAUCGAAAUGGUUUGCCGAUCGGAAAUGGCCCCAUUUGCGGAGAUUCCUACGAAGAGUGGACGCCGGCUUCGUUCAAUGCCGUACUAAAGCUGAAACUGAAUGACACUGUUGAAAUGUUUCUGGAGCAAGGAGCGAUCAAAGCAAGUAAGGGGUCAGAUCCUCCGCGCACCCAUUUUACAGGAUUUUUGCUGGAAGGAGAAUCAGCAUUCCACGCGUUCCGCACCGUUGAUUCCUUCGCCAGUAGGAAGAAUGAAACAAUUCCUUUUUAUGGGCUUAACACGGACAUUGAGGGCAAUUUUAAUCUUACAACGAGCACAUUUACAGCCCCAGUAAAUGGCACGUAUUUCUUCCAGUUUUCCGGGUCCAGUUCCAUCACAACGGACGUGAUUUUAGUGAGGAAUGACGACGAACCGAUGGGUUAUGGUUACACUAGAAACACUCACUGGGGAUCUGCCGGUUUUCAUACUUUGUGGCCAUUGCAGAAGGGAGACAAGGUCUACGCCAGACUUAAUACGGGGCAACUUGACGAAGCUGACAGAGAUUUAAAAAUUACGAAUCUGUUAGGUUUCAUUGUAGCAGACGAAAUAUCUGAUUCAAUGAACUCAUCGAUUCAUUUUCACGUCAUUCGAACUUCUGAAAUGUACGUGGGUAGGCCCGACGGCAUCGGCCAAGUGAUCAAUUAUACUAGAAUCAUUUCUAAUGAAAGGGACGGGAUGGACGCGAAUUCUGGAAUUUUCAAGGCGCCGGAAUCGGGAGUCUAUGCAUUCCAUUUUACUAGCCACAGGGGUAAUAGAUACAUCGGUGGCCCCAAUGCGUGCAGCACAGUUAUUCAAAUGCGCAACAAUGAAACAAUAGGUACCAGCAGCAACUGUCACUCGACGUAUUCCGCACCAAUUUUCUUUCACUCGGUUCUAUCGCUCGACACAAACGACGAGAUCAAAAUGCUGCUGCACGAAGGUGACAUAAAUGCCGUUUACGAACAUAAAAUGUGUGCCCGAUUUUCUGGAUUCCUGAUUUAUUCCACGUAA